AUGCUUGCAGCUUCAGUGACAGGUGAUAAUGUAAAGAGGAGAACGGUGAUUCAGGCAUCUACAUCAGAAUUACUUCGUGGCCUUGGACAAUAUCUAUCAAAACAAUGUCAUAUUCGACAUUUUGAGCCAGCUCAACUUGUCAUGUGGCUUAGGACCAUUGAUAGAGCACUUCUGUUGCAGGGUUGGCAAGAUGUAGCAUUCAUUAAUCCGGCAAAUUUAGUAUUCGUUUAUAUGCUUGUGAAAAGUAUUGUGGGUAAUGAUGCAACGAUUAAAACGGUGGAAGAGUUGCAAUCAGUUGUACUUACCUGCCUUUAUAUAAGUUACAGUUACAUGGGCAAUGAAAUUUCCUAUCCGUUGAAACCGUUUCUUAUUGAUCAGGUUCAACUUGCUUCUUUGAUUUAA